UUAUGUUGUUCUAGCAGAUAACAUUAAGUACAGAUCUCGUGCUAUUACGUUCCAUGAUCAGUAAAAUCCAAACAUCUUCAUGGAUUCUUUGAAACGUCCUGUUCUUAUCUUGAUAGUGACUUUAACAGUAGUGGAGAGUAUAUGGGGCUUAAUAUGGAGUCUUUGGGCUGUGUUGUUGUUGGAGAAUCCUCAAUCGUUUAUCAACGGUAAAAACAAUACCGUGGAAAUCAUAGCCGAAUCUUUCAAGAAACUCUUAUCACAGGAAGAUGUUCACUUUGGCUUCAUCCUUUUCGAAAUGAUCCUAAGCAUAUUUUGGACUGUUUGUGGAUUUUCACUUCUGUAUGGAUAUUUGAAGAAAAAGAUUAUCUUUGUAAUUCCGUGGAUCAUGACGACUUUUAUUGUUAUUCUGUACGAUAUUUCUACAUCUAUCUUCUACCUGAACUUACUCGUGGGUUCUUUGAAGAAAGAAACAGAAGACAGUUCCGUCGAAACAAUAUCGAACAACAGCGCCCUCUUCUUUCUAAUAUUAGGCUUCUCCCGUUUUGGAAUAAUUUUUUUGUGCAUCAAUGUGACUCUUUUCUAUUUCGUGAUCAGGAGCACCAGGGAAUAUCGGAAAAUCAAAAAUGAGGAUUUAUUGGAUAGUACUACUGAACCUGACUUGCGCUCUCAGUUUCAACUGGAUGAAAGAUGUAGUCCCCCCAGAAUUCCAAGAUGGCCGAGAGAGGACAAUAUUCGACAGCCUCAGUUUCAACCAGAUGAAAGAUGUAGUCCCCCCAGAAUUCCAAGAUGGCCGAGAGAGGACAAUAUUCGACAGCCUCAGUUUCAACCGGAUGAAAGAUGUAGUCCCCCCAGAAUUCCAAGAUGGCCGAGAGAGGACAAUAUUCCACAGCUCUCUUCAUCUGCUCACAACUUACCACAUUCUUCUAGGGAAUCUUCUACAAGAGAUCUAGGCUAUAUAGAAAGGUAUUAUGAUGAUGAUGCGUCGAGAUCAGCUCAAGAAAGACCAAGACCACACACUAACAUGUUACCCCGUGGGAGACUAGAACCUAGCACUAACAUGUUACCCCGUGGGAGACUAGAACAUAACACUAACAUGUUACCCCGUGAGAGACUAGAACCUAACACUAACAUGUUACCCCGUGGGAGACUGGAACCUAACACUAACAUGUUACCCCGUGGAAGUCUGGAACAUAACACUAACAUGUUACCCCAUAGGAGACUAGAACCUAACACUAACAUGUUACCCCGUGGAAGUCUAGAACCAGAAACUGGCAUGUUUCCCCGAAUUCCACGUGCCUCGAGGGUUUACUAAGGAAUUUGAAUUGUGUACUGUUCGCAAAAGGAUGUUUUCUUUUUCUUCUUGCAAGCUCUACGUCACUUAUGAUGUAAUGAUUGCCAUUAGUUUGAGAGGUUGCUCAGAAAAGUGAUAAAAUUUAUACUUUCAUUAGUAAUCACUUCUUAAUAAUAAUAAAAAAACAGUAAUAUAGCUUCAACUGUUGUUUAAAUCGAUAGACUUCACUUAUCCGAAGCAUUUAGUAUUUUUUUUACCAUUUCAUUGAUUUUUGACGUUAUAGCGUAUAUGAAAAAGAUGUACUACUAUGACCAACAAUAAUCAAUGAAAUACACAUACAUUCACAAAACAUCUAGCCAAAUUUAGAUAAAUUAUUUACAUACAAAAAAAUAUCAGCGAACGGAUGCACAAUAUCUUCUAUGCUACAUCUCAAUAUUACAAUAUGACCCAAAAUAUUGUUAGUAUCAAACGCACCCAACUCACGAAACAAUACAGUCUAAACUUUAUAAGUUAGAAUGUAAGAUAAUUAUUUUUAAUUAGCUAUUCAUUCUGCCAUGUCGAUAUUAAGUUUUUUUCCUUGAAAGGGGGCCGAAGGCCGCUUGAAGAGGGUCACCUGUUUUAAUCACUUGCACCUCUAUACAGUAGUGUGUUGUCUAUCAGUUAGUCAGUAGACACUAAAAUGACGUCACAUA